CAGUUCCGGCGCAGUAGAGGCCCGGGGUGGUGAACAGUCUCCAGCACCAUGUCUGGUUUGUCUGGCCCACAAGCCCAGCGUGGCCCUUACCCAUCAUUGCUGCUUUUAUUCCUGCUCGGCCCCAGCUCCAACCUCACCAUCUCCUUCCAUCUGCCUGUUAACUCCCACAAGUGCCUCCACAAGGAGAUCCACAAGGACCUGCUGGUGACCAGCGCCUACGAGAUCACCGACCAGUCUGGGGGCGCUGGUGGCCUGCACACCCAUCUCAAGAUCACAGAUUCUGCUGGCCAUACUCUGUACUCCAAGGAGAAUGCAACCGAGGGAAAAUCUGCCUUUACCACUGAAGAUGACAUGUUCGAAGUGUGUUUUGAGAGCAAGGGAACAGGGCGAAUACCUGACCAACUCAUGAUCCUACACAUGAAGCAUGGAGUAGAGGCGAAAAAUUACGAAGAGAUUGCAAAAGGUGAGAAGCUCAAACCUUUGGAGGUGGAGCUAUGGCGCCCAGAAGACCUUUCAGAAGCUAUUGUUAAUAAUUUUGCCUAUAUGAAGAAGCGAGAGGGAGAGAUGCAUGAUACCAAUGAGUCAACAAAUGCUCGGGUCCUGUACUUCAGCAUCUUUUCAAUGUUCUGCCUCAUUGGACCAGCUACCUGGCAGGUCUUCUACCUGCGUCGCUUCUUCAAGGCCAAGAAGUUGAUGGAGUAAUUAAGCCCAGUCUCCUCACCUUGUAUCUUAGCCAGCAGAACGUCACUGGGACGUGCCUAGCCGAAGCAUCCUACCAACAGCACCAUCAUGGCACGUUGGAGCUUUCCUGCCAGAACUGAUCUCUCUUGGUGUGGGAGGACAUUGGUUACCACCUACACCCAACAAGCCGAAGAGGGACUUCUUUUUAACUUGGUAGGAUUUGGACUGGUUUUGACAAUAAGACUAUUAUUAGAGUCACCUAUGACAAAACAUAGGGGUUACCCAGAUAAUGCCAAAGCCAGCAUUUGGACUGGGUUUCCUCGUAUGAUCUAUUUGAACCAUGUUUUCUUUCCUUCUCCCGCUUGCUCAUCAGACUGGGCUUCCACUCUAGUUCCUUUACCAAGAUUUGUAUGACCGUGUUGAACUUGUUUCAUUCAGAUUGUCCUAUUUGAAUUUCUGUGUGACAACACCCUUAACUUUCUCUUGAUUCUUAGCUGAAAUGUUUAGGUAGCUUCUGGUGAUACCCUUUCAUAAGUUUGUGUCUCUUAAAAGGGCGAUGGAUGUGACACCUCAUACAAACGAGCUCUGAAGUGUAGAUAACUCUUCAAGCAAAUUUCAUUUUAGAGAACUAAAAUAUUUGUGCUCAGUUGCUUGAACUUUUUUCUUUUUGUGUGUUUAUGUGUGUUUAGUUCCAGCAGUUUUAUCAUGUAUAGAUUCAUGUGACUACCAACACAAGAUGCAGAGCCGUUCCACCACAUGGAUCCCUUGUGCUACCCUUUUAUAGCCACAGUCACCUCCUUCCUUACCCUCAAGCCCCAGACUCUGACAACCACUAAUCUGUUCUCCAUCUCUCUAAUUUUG